CUUGGGUGCCCUAUGGUUGAUCAUGGAGCCACCACCUUUAGGUGCCAUAUAGUUGACUAUAGGACCACUGCCCCCAGGGUAUCCUAUAGUUGACUAUGGGGCCACCAACCCGUAGCACACUCAGACGUCCCAUAGAUUCCCAUGGGGCCACCACCCCUGGUGCCAUAUAGUUGACUGUGGGAGCACCACCCUUGGUUGUCCUACAGCUUGCCAUGGAGCUGCCAACCCUAGAUGUCCUACAAUUGACUAUGGGGCCACCAACCCGUAGCACACUCAGAUGUCCCAUAGCUUGCCAUGGGGCCACCACUCUUGGGUGCCCUACGGUUGACCAUGGAGCCACCACCACUGGGUGCCAUAUAGUUGACUAUAGGACCACUGCCCGUAGGGUAUCCUACAGUUGACUAUGGGGCCACCAACCCGCAGCACACUCAGAUGUCCCAUAGCUAGCCAUGGGGCCACCACCCUUGGGUGCCCUACGAUUGCCCACAGGACACCAACCCCACAGCUCUGUCCCUGACCCUGCAGGUGCUCGGGCUCAGCCAUGGGCGCAGUUCCAGCGCCGCGCCGCCCGCCUGCCGCGCAGCUCCACGUACAGCCAGCUCUGGGCAUCGCUCACCGCCGCCACCGCGCCGAGAGACCUCCGCAGCUUCCCUGCCUUCCUGGGGGCUGACAGCGGCGCCAAUGCCACCUGGUUGGAGCUGUCACCCGUGGCCGCGCUCGGCGUCCGCCUGUUCACCGGGAACGGCACCGAGGUGCAGCUGGCAGGACCCGUCCAUCUGUCCGUCCCGCUCAGCUCUGAGUCCGGCGCCGUGGCGGCCACCAGUGUGCCUGCAUGGAGGUUUGACCCCAAAAGCGGGCUGUGGGUCCGCAAUGGGACGGGGCUGAUCCGCAGGGAGGGCCAGCAGCUCUACUGGACCUUCGUGGCCCCCCAGCUGGGCUACUGGGCAGCGGCAGUGCCCUCUCCUAGCCCAGGGCUGGUGGCCGUGGCUGCGGGCAUGAAGGACAUCACGGCGUACCACACCAUCUUCCUGCUCACCAUCCUGGGCGCGCUGGCCCUGCUCGUGCUCACCCUGCUCUGCCUCCUCAUCUACUACUGCAGGCGCCGCUGCCUGAAGCCACGCCAGCAGCACCGCAAGCUGCCGCUGUCGGGGACGUUGGACGCCUCCAAGCGGGACCAGGCCACGUCCAUGUCACAGCUCAACCUCAUCUGCAGCAGCCACCUGGAGACCGCGUCCUCGGGGGGCGACACGGAGGCUCACACCCCCGUCCUCAAAUUCGACAGCUCCCGCGAGGACUUCUUCAAGCAGGUCCCCGCCUCCGCGCCCCAAACGUCCUCCAGCACCGCGCCGCGCCGCUGCCACCCCCGCGAGGACUUCACCCCCGCCGAGGGUCCCCCCGCAGCCCCGCAUGGAGCCGAAGUGCCGCCGUCCGACCCGCUGCCGCCGCCGCCGCCGCCGCCGCCGCGGCCGCCGUCACUGGGAGCGCCCAUGGGGCCGGCGAUGGGGCCGGCGAUGGGGCCGGCGAUGGGGCCGGCGAUGGGGCCGCCGGGGCCGCUGAUCCUGUGCGGAGCGCUGGAGGGUCCGCAGGAGGACGUGUACCGCGGCGUGGUGCCCACCCUGCUCAUCCCCGCGCGCUACAUGCGCCUGGACGGGGCCGCCGAGGGCGCCCAGCAGCUGGAAGCCACCAACCCGGCGACGGCGGCGAGCGGCUCGAGCCAGGCUGCGGCCCCGUCCCAAGGGGGCGGCGGCGGCCCGGUGGCCAUCCCCGUGCUGCUGAACGAGUCCGCGGUGGCUCAGCUCAACGGCGAGCUGCAGGCGCUGGCCGAGCAGAAGCUGGUGGCCCCGCGCGCCUGGUUCGUGUCCCUGGACGGCCGCGCGUCCCACGUCCGCCACUCCUACAUCGACCUGCAGGGCGGCGACAGAGGGCCGCCCCCGCCCCGCUCGCGGCCGCCGCCCCCCCGCGGCCCCCCGUCGCCCGAGGACAGCGCCCUGGCCCCGCUGCUGGGGGGUCCCCCCGCGGGGCGCCGCGGGGCCGGGGGCAGCGGGUGCAGCAGUGCCUCCGAGCCGCCCCGGGACUCCCCCAGCAGCCCCGAGGACGAGGCGGGCGACGGGGGAGAGGGCGGCGACGACGGGGGGGACCGCAAGAGCCCCUGGCAGAGGAGGGAGGAGCGGCCGCUCAUGGUCUUCAACGUCAAGACGGGGGGGUCUGGCACUGCCCCCCGGGCCAGCGGUGCCUCCAAGCUGCCAUAGGGAUGGGGUGGGGGGGGAGGAGGGCAGAACCCCC